CAGUGAAUGGUUGGAGGAGGAGGGUCGAGUGUCUCAGCGGUAGAUCCAUGAGCGAAGAAAUCAGAGGCUGAAUUUUAUACAGUUAACCGGGACUGAGAGGACACAUGCUGGAAUACAAAUCUAAAGGCUUAUUUCCACUUCAUAUCAACUGGCUGGCAGUUUCUUCGGAGAGAGAUGUAUUGGCUUUGGUGAUUCCAGACGCUCUAAUUGGAGUUUGCUACAUGGAUAUUCCCCAAGAGGAGGAAUGGGUUGUUUAAAAUAAGUGUGUUUGCUUAUACAGAUCUGAUAUCUGUUCACCUUUGACCUCUUUGAGGGCAUAAUUGCAGUAUGGCAAGGUCUCAGUGACCUUAAGUAUCCCUGAAAGAAUCAAUGACGGGGUGUAAACAUCACAUUUGAAUGCCAAAGAUACCUGGAAUAUAACGAUCUUCAAUUGCAAAGCAGUAACCAUGGCAACCAAAUGUAAAGUCCAAUGGAAAGUAUCCAUGGAAACCACAAACUCUCUCUGGCUCUUGUCUUGGACCAUAUGGAUUUUUUUGGCUGGAGUUUUACAAGCAACCUUGGCGAAUGAAGAUGAUGUCACAGCACGCAUCAGUUUCUCUUACAAAAGUUCAAAAGUACAGCAUUUAUUUGAAAUGGAAAUGUUGCAUAAAAUGGAAUUUUAUGCUCACAAAAGCAGCCACGUCAGGAAUGAGCACUGUAUUCUGUGGAAGAAGCUCUGCUGGCCCAGAUUCCCUCAGACUACCACUCCUCUGCAAUAAUUUAGCUCAAUUUUAGGGCUACUUGAACUGCCAUGAUGUUUCUUAUUCCCGAAAGACCCAUUACGAGACUGUUCCAAAUGUUGCAUUCACUCAUCUUAGCCAAACACACAUGAGGGUUUAGUCCUUGAUUGUAAACAUUUACAAGAGCUAUUAGAACCAUUUGCAAACCCUGGCUGGUGUACUGUAGCAGAAUAACAGUUAUACUCAUUAAUCAUUUGAGGUUGAAAUACAAAUGUAAUGGUUGUACUUAGAGCAAAACGGCUUGUAAAGGGUUUUAUGUCAGUAAACACUGACCUCUGUCCCUUGCCAGGAAAACCUUCUGGACAUGCAAACUAACUUCAUUUUAAAGGAUGCAGAAGGGCGAUCAGUGAGGGAGUUCUCAGUGGAUGGUGUGUAUAACUAUUCAACUCUGCUGCUGAGCCCAGAUGAAAACAAGAUCUACGUGGGAGCCAUGGAGAACAUAUUCUCUCUAAGCCUGGACAACAUCAGUGUGACGUAUCUACAGAAAACACUCACAUGGAGCACUCCAGAAAGAAAGAGGAAGGAGUGUAUAUUCAAGGGAAAGGACCCCCAGACUGAUUGUUUCAACUACAUCAAGAUUUUACUGCAUUUGAACAGCACGCACCUGUAUGUGUGUGGAACGUAUGCCUUCAGCCCCAUCUGUGCUUACAUAAACAUUUUAAGUUUCUCUCUGGAAAGAGAUGAAAAGGGGGAACCCGUUACGGAGGACGGCCGUGGACGUUGUCCAUUUAAUCCCGAAUACAGAUCUACAGCUAUUACAGUGGAUGGGGAACUGUACACUGCUACUGUCAGUAACUUCCAGGGAAAUGAGCCCACCAUAUAUAGGAGUCUAGGGUCUGGCACCCCUCUCAAAACGGAGAACUCUCUCAACUGGCUCCAGGACCCAGCGUUUGUAGGUUCUGCUCAUAUUACUGGUCAAGACAGCGAGAGAGGGGAUGAUCAGAUCUAUUUUUUCUUCAGCGAGAUGGGGAAGGAGUUCGACUUCUUUGAUAACACCAAAGUGUCCAGGAUUGCACGUGUGUGUAAGGAGGAUCAAGGUGGAGAGAGAGUCCUGCAGAAGAAAUGGACCACAUUUCUGAAAGCUCAACUCUUGUGUUCGCUACCCGAUGAUGGUUUUCCUUUUAACAUCAUUCAGGAUGUAUAUGUGCUUCCAGCCCAACGCAAGAAAAACACACUCCUCUAUGCAGUGUUCACUUCUCAAUGGAGUAAAGGUCUAGCAGGCAGUUCAGCAGUGUGUGUGUUCAGCAUGGAUCAGGUAGAACAAGCGUUUACUGGCCGUUACAAAGAGGUGAACAGAGAGACACAGCAGUGGUACACAUACACUCAUUCUGUACCCGAACCACGACCUGGAAUGUGUAUUACUAAUGCUUCAAGGCAGCUGAGAAUAGACUCAUCCCGGGAUAUGCCAGAUAAGGUACUAAACUUUGUGAAAGACCACUUCCUGAUGGACAGUCCUGUCAAAAGUCAGCCUGUGCUCUUCACGCACUCUGUGCACUACACACAAAUUGCUGUACACCACGUGCAAGGCCUCCACAGAGCUUACGAUGUGAUGUUCAUCGGCACAGAUGAUGGACGUUUGCAAAAGGCUGUGAAUGUAGCUGGUACGAUGCACAUCAUUGAGGAGAUCCAACUGUUCCCAGAAAAACAGCCUGUACAACAAAUAGAGCUGGAUUCAGCUAAGGGUUUGUUAUUUGUGUCGUCACACUCUGGCAUUGUGCAGCUGCCAGUAGCAAACUGCAGUUUCCAUAACAACUGUGGCGAGUGUGUUUUGGCCAGAGACCCAUACUGUGCUUGGACAGGAACACACUGCACUGACGUCACACGUUACACACCACAAAAGCAAUGGCAGCAAGAUAUCGAGGAGGCUGACACUUCAUCUAAAUGUAACCGCACAAUGUUCAGAGUGGACUCUGAAAGCUCAGUGUUACCACGUUCUUUCCCAAAUUCCCAAGCAUCUGAUUGUGAGAUCAUCAUCGUCCCAGCUAACACCCUUCGCUUGCUGCCCUGCAAUCUUCGCUCCAAUCAUGCCCACAGAAAAUGGUUAUACAAACCAGAUGUUGGUCACUUCCUGUUCCCCAGCCAGGAUGGUGGAUUGGUAGUCAGCGGCCGAGCAGGCGGCGAGGAGGUCUUCUCGUGUUGGUCAGAAGAACAUGGCUUCUGGCAACUCUUGGCCAAUUACUGUGUAAAGUCAGAGCCUUUAUCCGAGACCACAACCAAUACUGGGGAGAUGGAUGAACCUCUUGUAAUCCAAAGCAUAUCAUCAGACAUCCAGUUUGGUGAAUCAGCACGCUCUGCUCAACCUCGCAUAAAGACGUAUGGCACAGAGCUGGCGGUAGUGUGUGUUUUGUUAGCCGUGUGUGUGCUUUCGUUCGGGCUGUCUGUAGUCUAUCGACACAGGGGCCGGAUGAAAGAGGUACUAAGAGGGGGAGAACAAACUGGAGGAGCCCAAAAGAGCACAGCCAAUCCUGGGGAGAGUUUACCCCUCAAUGCUGGUGUGCUUCCAACCUCCCCAUCCGACCACAAGAGCUACCAAACGUUGGAGGAAAGCUGUGGUUACAUAAUCGCUCCAUCAGAGACAAGCACGCAACACAACUCCAAGGAAGCACAGACACUCGCCCAAACGCCACAAAAUGGGUUCAAAGAAAGUCAUGUGGAGGUCAGUGACAUAAGCCCUCGCCCACGGGUACGACUGGGCUCUGAGAUCAGAGACUCUGUGGUGUAAAAUACAGACAUUGCCAAUGAGUUUAUAUGAUUUAUGCAUAAACAAUCUAACAGUCUUAAUGUUCACUCGGUACAGUCAAUGGGCAGCUUUCAUGAAGACUAAGCGUACUGAGCCUUGAGUACAAGAGAGUAGAUGAGGCAUGCUCAGUGUGUGUAUUGCCAAAUUUGAGUUAUUCAAGACAAUGCCCUCAAAUCCACUCUCACGUCUCCUUCACUCUUUAAUGUUAAACUUUAAGUUAUGGCACAGUUUAUUGUGUUAAUAUGGGAAAGAGUGUUGAAGAUGUAGUCAGAGACAACUAUUGGAGAAAGAGAGACCAGAUAGAUGAACAGGAGAGAAAUGGGCAACAAGCCUUCUUGUACGACUGGUACUGGUGCUUUUAUCACUGCCAAGACUUGAGUAUUGAUGCUUUACUCAAGGUAAAAAAAAAAAAGAAAAGGUUUUAAUAUGUCUUUUUGUAUUACUUUGCCAUUUUUGUGCAAAGAUUCAAUGCAUAAGUGUUUAAUGAGGGUAUUAUAUUCUUAAAUGUUCGUUCACCCAAAAAUGAAAUUUCUGUCAUUUAUUACUCACCCUUCAUGUCCUCCCAAACCCGUAAGACCUUCGUUCAUCUUCAGAACACAAAUUAAGAUAUUUUUGAUGAAAUCCAUGAGUAUCAUCGGCAGCAACGUCUUUGCACCUUCUGAGGUCCAGAAAGGUACAAAAGACAUCGUUAAAAUAGUCCAUGUGACUACAAUGUUUCAACCUUAAUGUUAUGAAGCGACGAAAAUAUUCUGUGCGCAAAAACAAAACAAAAAUAACGACUUUAUUUAUCAAUUUGAACUGUUGUAAUACGCAGUUAACGUAGUGAAGGCUUCCAUGUUUACGUCCGAACGGCGGCUUAGUAUUGACUGACGCUGUACACGUGAACAGCACGACACAUGCGUGUGAUGCUGACGCAGAAGCCGGCCAAUACUGAGCCAGCGUUCGGACGUAAACACAGAAGCCUGCACUGCCUUCACUACGUCAACUGCGUAUGACAUCACUUCAAAUUGAUAAUGUUGUUAUUUUUGUUUUUGCACACAAAGUAUUCUCAGUGCUUCAUAGCAUUAAGGUUUAACCACUGUAGUCACGUGGACUAUUUUAACAAUGUCUUUAAUACCUUUCUGGACUUCAAAAGGUGCAAUAACAUUGCUGCCUAUGUGUGGUUCAGAUACCCUCGGAUUUCAUCAAAAAUAUCUUAAUUUGUGUUCCGAAGAUGAACAAAGGUCUUACGGGUGUGGAACGACAAUGAGGGCAAAUACUUAAUUACAGAAAUUUCAUUUUUGGGUGAACUAACCCUUUAAAAGCUGACUAUGAAACCAAUAGCCCAUCCUCUGCAGAUAGUCAUUAUACCAGCAUUGAACACCAGGCAGUUUAAACCAGAGAGCUCGUUAGUGUUGCAGAACUUGGUUACUUUCUAAACAUUUUAGAAAUUUGCUAUCAUUUUAUUUUAUUUUAUUUUAUUUCCUAGCCCUUUUUGGGAAUUAGUAUGGUAGUGUUUUCUAUUCUGUGAUUCAAAUGUGUUCAUAUUAGCAAAGUGCCUGGUGUUAAAUAAUGGUAUGGUGUAUAUGGAAAUAUGAAAUGUGGAGUAGGCCAAAUUACAAAAAAAAAAAAAAGUUAAUAUUUGCUUUAAUAAAUGAUAAAAGAUAAAAUGUAGCAAGUGUGAAUGAGCAUAAAGAAACAAUGUUUCUUAAUACCUUUGAAUGUACAUUUGAAAAGUUAUAUGGAAAUGUAAAGCACAAGUAUGAGAUUUUAUCUUGCCAUACACAUUGGUGGUACAGCAUAUAGUGCAGUGGAUGGAGUCUAAACAGACAGAAAUAAGACAAUGAUACUGUACAAUACAAUAAAAUUACAGUUAGAACAGUAUUGUUGGCAUUUGGUAAAGAGCGAGGUAAUGCAAGAGAAAAGAAUGAUAAACACUGUAGAUUAAUUUGAUUAUUAAUGCACAGUACAGCAUGUACAAGGAAAUCAUACGUGGCUAAUACAGUGAGAUAGAGCUCCAAUUCCAUUAGGAAAAGGCUGAAAAUGUCUGCAAAUUUGCAGUUCCAGACUUCAAACACACAGUCUUUCACACAAACACUAACUUCGCUAUUAUAGACUUCCAUUAUAGACUUCCACUUGGAAAAAUCUUUUUAAUCCACAUUAACCAUGACAUGUUUGAUGUUGUUUAAUCAUGUGUUACAUUCCACUGUGUUUUCAGCUUGUGUUUUGAAUGGUAAAUGUAAAGUAGAUUGUGAUCUUUUAUACUUUGACACUGUUUUGCUGUUGUUUUACAUUGUACAUUCACGCACUUUAUUUUUUCUACCAGUAUUUGUAAGCUGUAAAUGAGGUAGGCCACUGUCAACGUCCUGAUUUUAUAGACCAGGUUUGUACAUUUAAAGAGGAUGUAAAAAUAGGUCUGAAAGAGUGUCUCCACAGUCUGACAUGCAAAAUAAAAUUUUGCAUAAACUCAA